AUCUGUUAAAAUUUCUUAACGAAUGUUAUGAAAGGUAUGGACCAAUUUUUGAGACAUACAUCGGAGACAAUAUAGAUACCCAUCGAGAGGUUUAUUUAUGUAAACCAGAGUAUCUUGAAAAAUUGUUCACCACUUCAACAAAAUGCAAUUUUAUAUUACGAAGUCCAAAUGAUGAUGGAAUUAAUGAAUUGGGAUUCGGUAAUAGUGGUAUGGUCAUGAACAGUGAAUUAAAUAGUUGGAAAAGAAAUAGGAAAUUAUCCGUGCCCUUGCUCAUGAAUACAAGAUUUUUAAAAAGUCAAGUGCAUGUGACACAGGUGUUGUUUAAGGAAAUGGAAAAUUAUUGGAAUUUGUUAUAUGAUGAAAGUAUCGUGUUGGAAAUUACUAGUUGGAUAAACAGUUUUACCCUGGAUUUGGUUAUUACCUCAUCAUUGGGUAAACCUUCUUUUGCUUUAAAAACCCUUUAUGACAAUUUGCUCAAAAGUGGUGGUACAAUCAAAAAGAAAGAAAAUACGAGUUCAAGUGUAUGUGAAUCAAGUGAAGUACUUCUUAGACAGAUUAAAUCAUUUUUCAAAGCGAUCGGAUUCUUUAAACAACCAUCUUGGUUACGUCACACAUUUCUUAUUUACUACAAUAAUUAUUAUUUGAACGAAAUGAGGUCGCUAAACAACCGUAUAGAGAAUUACAUUAAAGUCCGUCGUGAUGAAAUUCUUUUGGAAAUGAAGAAUGGAAAAAAUGUUCAAGAGGAUAGGCGGGACAUUAUGUCUUUAUUUCUUUUGAAGUAUUCGAUAAAUAAAAAUCAAGAUGACGAUGAGCAACAUUCCAAGGAAAACUUUGAUGAUGUGAUUAGAUCAAAUUUAAUCGAAGUCUUAAUUGGUGGUGCUGAAUCGACAUCAAAUUCAAUAAGUUUCAUCGUAUAUUAUUUGUGUAAGUAUCCCCAUGUGAAAAAAAAGUUAUUUGAUGAAAUCGACUUGAUUCUCUCAUCAAACACAUUUCGUGAAAUUACUUUUGAAGACAUUGAAAAAUUCGAAUACGCGGAGGCCAUAAUUAAAGAAGUGUCAAGGUUUUCACCGGUAUCCCCUUUAAUUAGCCGUAGUAAUGUAGUAGAAGACGAAAUAGAUAAUUAUAGUUUUAGAGAAGGCACACAAUUCCAUGCUUUCUUGAUACAAAUUUAUAAGAAUCCAGAAUAUUUUACGAAUCCUGAAGAAUUUAAUCCUGAUCGUUUUAUGAAAGGAUCCGAAAAUGUUUUACAUAAUAAAACUUUUUUACCAUUUGGUUCUGGAUUGCGCAUUUGCCCAGGUAAGCAAAGUGCCAUAGUAGUUUUGAAAACAUUUUUAAUGUGUUUCUUUAGAAAGUAUAAUGUUGAGUUUUUGGACGAAAACCAAAAAUUGAAUACGUGGUUUGAUUUUGGACUUCAUUGUGUAGAAUAUAAAGUUGUUAUUAAACAGAGAUAG